AUGGUGAUGGAAGAAAGGGAUAGGAUCUCUGAUUUUGAUGAUCAUAAGAAUAUGAUAGAAAUUGAAGAUGAUGAUGAUGUACAAGUUCAUGGUGUUGGUGGAAAAUAUUUGAUGGUUAAGUAUCCUCAUUUGACUUGGACACCGUGUGCUGCCCAUUGUAUAGAUCUUAUUUUGGAAGACAUUGAAAAAUUGCCUAUUAUCAAGAGGAUUAUUGAGAGGCAAAAGAGGAACUUGAGGGAGAUGUUCAAUUCUAUUGAGUGGAGUGAUCGCAAGUGGGCAAAGGAAGCCAAGGGUAGAAGGGUUGCAAAGACAGCAACGAUGCCUUCAUUUUGGAAUAACAUUGUAUAUAUUCUUAAGGUUAAUAGCCCUCUUGUUCGUGUCUUACGCUUGGUAGAUCGUGAAAACAAGAUGGCUAUGGGUUACAUCUAUGAGGCUGUUGAUAGGGCAGAGGAAGCAAUUCAGAAGGCAUUUGAUGAUCAUGAAAACAAGCCAGCUAUGGGUUAUAUUUAUGAGGCUGUUGAUAGGGCAAAUGAUGCAAUUCAGAAGGCAUUUGAUGGUAAAAGGGAAAAUAUCUCAAAAGUUUUUGAGAUUAUUGAUAGGAGAUGGGAGUAUCAACUCCACCAACCAUUGCAUGCGAUUGGUUUCUAUUUGAAUCCUCAAUUUUAUUAUGAUGAUGCGGAAAGAAUUGAUUCAGAUAAAGAGAUUAUAAAUGGCCUUUAUAAAGUAAUUCAGAUGUUCGAAAGUGAUAAGAACAAGUCGAAUACAACCAUUGAUGAAUUAUCAAGGUCUAAGAAUGCAGAAGGGAUUUUUGGUAAUAACAUGGUAAUAUUUAUAUUUUUGGUCGAUUGGUGGACACCAUUUGGUGCUUCAACUCCAAAUGUACAAAAAAUUGCCAUCAAAAUUUUAAGUUUAACAUGUAGUGCAUCUGGUUGCGAGCGGAACUGGAGUGUGUUUGAGCAUAUUCAUACUAAAAAGAGGAAUCACUUGGAUCAAAAGCGAUUAAAUGAUUUGGUGUUUAUUAAGUUCAACCAGAUGCUAAAAGAGAGUUUUGAUUCACACAAUUACACCGAUCCCAUCUCUCUAAAAGAUAUUGAUGAGAGCAAUGAGUGGUUAUUGGGAGAGAUGGAUGGGGCUGAAGAUGAAUUGGUGUUUGAGGGUGAUCCAUUGACAUGGGGACAUGUUGCUCGUGCUUCUAGAGUUGAAGAACCACUAAGAUAUACAAGAUCUAGGGGCUCAAGCUCAACUUCAUAG